AUGGCAACAACAACAAAUCCAACGAAACGUACAACAAUAGGUGGUACAACGAAAAAACGAACCACCGGCUCUCGACCAGAAUUGACAGAUGAACAAAAAACUGAAAUUCGGGAAGCAUUCGAUCUAUUUGAUGCAGAUGGCUCAGGCACAAUCGAUGUGAAAGAACUCAAAGUCGCAAUGCGUGCAUUAGGUUUCGAACCAAAACGUGAAGAAAUUAAAAAAAUGAUUUCGGACAUUCAAAAAGAAAAUGCUAGUACAAUUGAUUUUAAUGAUUUUCUGCAAUUAAUGUCUCAAAAAAUGGCUGAAAAAGAUUCGAAGGAAGAGAUUCUAAAAGCAUUUCGACUCUUCGAUGAUGAUAAUACAGGCAAAAUCUCUUUUAAAAAUCUGAAACGCGUGGCCAAAGAAUUAGGUGAAAAUUUAACCGAUGAAGAAUUACACGAAAUGAUUGACGAAGCCGAUCGUGACGGUGAUGGUGAAAUUAAUGAACAAGACUUUCUACGCAUUAUGAAAAAAACCUCAUUGUAUUGA